ACAGGAAGACGUAACCCGGAAGUGCUGGUGAUUGCGCGGUCUUUUAGGACAACACAGCUCCGCCACAUUGGCCCACAACAUUGUGCAGAAAUGGCGGCAAUAAAUAACAUGGAGAAGAAGCUGGCUGAAUAUAAGUGUGACACCAAUGACGCUGUUUGCUUAAAGCUAAUUCGCUUUCCAGAGGAUGUUGAAGAUGAUGGCACUACAUUUCACCCAGAGUAUAGCCACCAGCUUUUUGGCGAUGAUGAGGUGGCUUUUGGAUACAAAGGUCUUCAGAUACAGCUUUUUUACACAGCUGGAAACUUGACCACCCUCUUCAAAGUUAAAUAUUCAUCCAAAGUCACUGACACAUUUGACUGUGUGGAGCCAGAUAAUAUCGACGUAAAGAUCCGGGAAAUUGUCCCUGCUGGGUUCACCUGCAACACAGAUGACUUCAUAACGUUACUGGAGAAGGAGGCCAAUUUCAGGCCCUUUGGCACUCUGUUGCAUACAUACAUGGUCCAUAAUGAGGAAGCGGGAGAGCUCACAUACCAGAUUCAUAAGGCUGACUUGAGCUGCCCGGGAUUCCGAGAGUACCACGAGCGCCUACAGACCUUCCUCAUGUGGUUCAUCGAGACUGCCAGCUUCAUCGACGUAGAUGACGAUCGUUGGGACUUCUUUCUUGUAUUUGAAAAGUACAAAAAAGAUGGUGAGACCCUCUACGCGACUAUUGGCUACAUGACAGUUUAUAAUUACUACGUGUACCCAGACAAAACCCGGCCACGUGUAAGCCAAAUGCUGAUAUUGCCUCCAUUCCAAGGAGAAGGUCAUGGAGCACACAUUCUUGAAGCAGUGCACAGAUUUUAUUGUGGCAUGCCCAAAGUUCAAGACAUUACAGCUGAAGAUCCUUCUGAGAAUUAUGUGAAGCUGAGGGACUACGUGCUGGUCAAGCUUUGUCAGGACUUUCCGCCCUUUGCUGAGGACAAACUCCACCUUGGCCUGUCUGCUGAAAUGGUGGAAGAGGCACAAACAAAACUCAAAAUCAACAAGAAACAUGCAAGGAGAGUGUACGAAAUACUCCGUCUGAGAGCAACAGACAUGAGUGAUGAAGAGAAAGCAAGAGAGUACCGCUUGGAGGUGAAAAAGAGGCUGUUUGGGCCAUACAGGAAGAAUCAGAGAGAGCUGACAAAGAUGAAGAAGUGCCUGCGGCCGGAGGAGCUAGAGUCCCACUUGGGUCAGAUGGACACUCCGACACAGCACGAAGAGCUGGAGAAGAGCUACCAGGUGGUUGUGGAAGACUACCGCAGAAUCAUCGAGAGGCUGGCAGCGCAUGCCUGAUGAGAGAGACCGCUGGCCAAGAGCCUGCCCUCUAAUCCAUGUGCUCCAUCUGUACAAAACCCUGAACUAUCGCUGUGACCAAGGAGAGACAUUUAAAAGGUCAAAUGAAACCACAGAAUGGUGUUUGCAGUGGAAACUGCAAGUUUUUUCUACAAGCUUGUGUUGGUACACUGGAGGAAUAAUGCAGCUGGGGUAGGGCGACACUUCCUGUUUGUCCAACAUUUUCCCACAAGUCAUGUUUAUAGAUGUUUUUUUUCUUGAACAUUUCCCAUUCUCCCACUGUUUUGCAGCACUUCAAAUAAAAAUGUUAUUUGUA